UAAAACCACUGAACCUAUAUUACCUGAAGAAUUAGAAAAUAUAGUUCAAACUCGUGUUGAAAAAGAAUUGAAUCGUAUUAGAGAACGUGAUGAAGAAAUACAAAGGCGUAUUGAAGUUGAAUUAAUUAAACGUAGAGCUAUAAUUGAUGAUCAUGGUCUUAAUGCCAUAGCAACUGAACAAGAUAUACAAGAAUUAAUUUUACGAGUUGAAAGGCUUGUUGUAAAAAAAUUCUAUUUGAUUUGA